CGCUUGUAGUGGUUGUUUUGCAUCGAGGAAAUUUUACCGGUAGUGAAAAUACGUUUCUACGAUUGUUUGAAUGUUUACAGGACGUUUGAAUAAUGUAAUUGAAUGGCGUAGUCGAUAAGUGUUAGUAACGCGUUUGGUCUAUUCAGCGCCGCCGUCGUUUGCACUGUUCAUUGUAGAAAUGGUGGUAUGCGUUGUUCAACUGUUCUAGCUCGAGUCGCCAUUGUUGAGUAGUAUCCUAUUUAAAAAAUCUUCACCUCUCGCAAUUUGUUUAUCUUAGAUAACACCGUUUUUGAAAAUCGAGUGCUUAUUUUAGCGAUUUAGGAGGAUAUUAUACUGUAAAAGUGAUGAGAAGUGGAAUUGAUUGAACACUGAAUGAAUGGGAUUGAGUACAGCCUCGGUGAGGCAUCCCCAUGUCAUGGUGAUGGCCCCGGCAUUAACGAAAACCACACAGUCGCAAAGUUUUAAAAUACCCCCCAGCAGCCCGACGACGCAACCCACAACCACCUUGCAUACAAACAGAGAUGUGCUUGACGUUUAUCAAUCUCUGGAGGGAGAUUCGUGCGAGAAAACUUCGAUUAACGAACUAGCAAAUGAUAACCUCAAUACCUUAGCUUUAGUUUCAGAAUUACUAAAAGGUAAUCGUACGACGUGUAAGGAUAGUGAUAUAAUGAGUAGUGCCCCCUUACAUAUGGGCGACCAAAAAGAUAAAAUGGGUCUACGAAAAGCUGGUAUAGAUAUUGUAUCUGCGAUGAUAAAAGAGAAAACUUCGGCGAGCGACGAUGAUCAGUUGAAUAAUUUCGAAACUGGGGACGGUACUGCCUGUGCGGAAAUCGGUCAGGACGAGUUCAUGCAAGUAAUUAAGUGUAUAGAAUCGAACAGUGAUAAGUUGGGGGCAUCUGCUAGUGAUCUUACUUCUGAAACGGAUUCUGUGUUUCCACUAUCAACGGACUUGACAAGUAAUUUAACAUCAUUUGAAAAGGAGCUUCUUAACGACGUUGAUGUGAUGAGUAUCAGCAUUGAAGAGCAAUUAACUGAUACAAAAGAGACCGGUGCGAAGGAGUUGUUAGCGAAUUUACAGAAAAAGCAUACCACCCUUCAAAGGAAGUUGGAAUACACCUUGAGAAGGUUGCGAAAAUUGCAGGCGAAACAAAUUGGACAGCAUGCCAGCGAGGAGAUCGCCGGUGUGUUCGAACACGUCCAUCGAACUAUGCGACGUAAGGAUAGUCCCCCGGGCGCCGGCGAGAUUUCGGAGAAAUUGAAACCUAUUUCGUUAAUGUCCGCCAAAAAUAUAAUAAAAAAGUUGGAGGUGUCGACAUCUCUUCAAGCGAAUGCGUUGGGACGACGGCACAUGUCUAGGUAUUUUGGUGCGGGUUCGGUCGAACCAAAUUCCUUCCGUACCGGUGUUGUCGGUGCGCUUGUGGUGCCUCAAUGGACUCCCGAACAUAAACUUGACAUGCAAAGAGUGACCGGGCAUUUGUGUGCGGAGGUGAAUUUGUUACAAAACGAACUCGAUUCGGAAGCUACCUUAAGCAGUUCGGGUGGGGAAAGCUCGGACGAGAUGCAGCCAUAUAGCAACCCACAUCAACAGUACCUUGCGAUGUAAGUAUAGGUCCGAUAUUUAAAAAUUUAAAUUGUUUGAUGCAACCGA